GGGCCUGUUUCAGUAUCCGCCUAGGAAGAAAGUCAGGCCAAGUGAUUAUAACAUUCACACGUUUCGUACUAGAAUACUGGUAGACUUGAUGGUAUCGUAUCGACCAUCCAAGAUCCAUAGUUAUUAAUUCGUGGAUAUAGAGCGUGAAAUCAAGCGUUCAGGCAAAGCAAGAAGUAAGUAUAUAGAGGCACAACGUGUUGGCCGUGUGUCAGUCGGUAGCGAGUAGCGAGGAAGCAGUGUGCGCGCCAGGGCUCCGCAGCCCCGCACCGCGCACGUGAGCUUACGAUAAAGGAAUUCCUGUGUGAUGUUAGUAAACAAAAAGUGUAGAAAUAAAAACUGUGCCGUGUUCCUCCUGUCAGUCUUGCGGUGAACUCCUAUCCGGCACCAUGUCUCUUCCGGGAGGUUACUUUUUCUCUCAAUAUGUGGAAAGCUUUUGGAGCACCUCCCCGCCACUGUUGGAUUGGUCCGGGGUGCCGACGCUGGUGCUGGCGGUGAUCGCGCUGGUGGUGGCCGCGACGGCGCUGGCCACGCGCGAGGGCCGGCCGCGGCUGCCGGGCCCGCCGGCGCUGCCGCUGAUCGGCACGCGCUGGCUCUACUGGAGCCGGUACAAGAUGAAUAAAUUACAUGAAGCUUACGAAGACAUGUUCAGGCGCUACGGGCCGGUGUUCGUGGAGACCACACCCGGGGGCGCCGCCCUCGUGUCCAUCGCCGAGCGGUCGGCGCUGGAGGCUGUGCUGCGGACCCCCGCACGCCGCCCCUACCGGCCCCCGACGGAGAUCGUCCAGGUCUACCGCAGGAGCCGGCCUGACAGAUACGCCUCCACUGGACUGGUUAAUGAGCAAGGAGAGAAGUGGUACCACCUGCGGCGUCACCUGACCGCGGAGCUGACGAGCCCGCACACCAUGCAGGGGUUCAUCCCGGAGCUAAACCACAUCUGCGACGAGUUCCUCGAGCUACUGAAGGCUUGCAGGCACGCCGACGGCACGGUCAAUGGCUUCGACCAGCUCACCAACAGGAUGGGCUUGGAAUCCGUUUGCGGUCUAAUGCUGGGUACCCGGCUCGGUUUCCUGGAGCGCUGUAUGUCUGGCCGCGCAUCCGCGCUGGCUUCCGCGGUGAAAGCUCACUUCCGCGCUCAGAGGGACUCGUACUACGGGGCGCCGCUAUGGAAGUUCGCACCUACCAGUCUCUACAGGACCUUCGUUAGGAGCGAGGAAACCAUACACAUGAUAGUGUCAGAGCUGAUGGAGGAGGCGAAGCAGCGCACGCGAGCCUCCGCGCAGGAUAACGGCAUGCAGGAGAUCUUCCUCAAGAUACUGUCCAACCCCGCGCUUGACAUGCGCGACAAGAAGGCCGCCGUCAUAGAUUUCAUCACCGCUGGGAUUGAGACCUUGGCAAACAGUCUAGUCUUCCUGUUGUACCUGCUAAGCAGCCGUCCGGACUGGCAGCAAAAGAUCCGGUCGGAGCUGCCUUCUUGCGGAGACCUCCACGUGGAGCAGUUGUCGGCGGCGCCCUCCGUGAGAGCGGCCGUCAACGAGGGCUUCAGGCUGCUGCCAACCGCGCCUUUCCUGGCCAGGCUUCUUGACGCGCCUAUGACCAUAGAUGGACACACGUUACCUGCUGGGACAUUCGUGCUAGCACACACUGGCGCGGCCUGCCGUCGAGAAGAGAACUUCUGGCGAGCAACCGAGUACCUCCCCGAGCGGUGGUUGACCGUGCGCGAGCCGCAUGCCGCCGCGCUCGUGGCGCCGUUCGGCCGUGGCCGCCGAAUGUGCCCCGGGAAGAGAUUCGUCGAACUCGAGAUCAACUUGCUUCUAGCGAAGAUCCUUCAGCGGUGGCGAGUGGAGUUCGACGGAGAACUAGACGUGCAGUUUGAUUUCCUACUGGCCCCGAAGGCACCGGUGUCCUUGCGCCUUGUGGAGUGGUAGGCCAGCGUUUACCUUACAAUAAUCUACCUACUUAAUGCAUCUCUGCACUACAUUGACGAUCUUCUUGAAAAAGAGAAUCUGUGAUUUACUUUACAUUACAUAUUACUUAGUAUGUACCUACCCAUUGUAGUAAGUACGUAUACCUACGUAUUGUAUGUAUUUGUGUGCCACUUUGUUUUGCUUUAUACAGUUUCUGUCGCUUGGAGGGCAAUAUACUGUUUAUAAUAAUCCUUUGUACCCAACGACCUAGUUAUUUAAAUAUUUAGUAUCUCAGUUGAGUCAGUGUCCGAUAGCAAUCUAAGGAUAUGUUGCGGGCUGCCAAUAUAAGAAUUUAUUGUAUAAAUGUCGUCGAUUUUUUUGGUUAGAUCCCGUAGAUGGACUUCCUCGUGUAGUUUUAACAUGAAAUAAUGUUUAAAAAGGGAUUACAAACAUCCGACUUAUUUAUAUAUAGGUUGGUCUUUGCCAAUAGAACAAGCAUUAUUCUCGUGUGAGUAAAGUGUAUACUUAGGUCUUAAAGAGUCCUCAGCAAACUCGCGCGGUUCUUCUUACAAUAGUACAUGUAGUGCCAGUAGUGGCAAGACUCGGGACGAGUGAAGAAUGACAUUUCCGCACGUGUAUCGAACGACGUUUUUUAAUACAGUUGCGAAAAAAUAAGAAAAGCAACAAAAGCAAGCAAGGAAUGGAACUCGAAACUUUUAUAUUAUUCAUUCUGUGACAUCAUUGACAUUGACAUUAUGAAGAGGUGUUUUUCUAGCUUUUAUUCGACUAGAAUAGAUUUUGUUAUUAUUAUUGAACCCACUUCAAUUAAAGUUUUUUUUUCAAAUGUAUGUUCUAUAAGACAGAAACAAUUGUAAAUAUUAAAACAUUGUACUAAUAUUACCUAAAUAUCGUUAUUUACGAUUAUUUGUGUAUCGUAUAUUUAUAAAAACAAUAUCGAAUGUUGCCUUUGGAAACUUACAACUAUGGAUCGCAAUCUCUUAUGGCAGAAUUGUUGUAAAAGUGACCGCGUUAAGCUUUAAAUAGUAGUUCCUAAUCUCUCCGGUGGCGCUAGUUAGGCUCUGGGACAUGAGUAUAACAUGAACCAUAUAAGGCAACAAAUAACCCGACCAAAUUACGUAGGUUGUUUUUGGUAGUAUUUCGGUGUAUGGUGGCGCCGCCUAAUUACUGUUUUUUGAUGGACACUUUUCAUACAUAGAAAUUUGGCUCCUUUAUACAGUCUCCAUGCUUACAACAUUCUUGCAGUGAGAAAAUACGCCUCUUCUUUGACAGGCGUUCCGUUCCAUUCAGACAACUUAUUAAGAACGGUUUUUCAACAUUAAAAAAUAAACGUGUUAUAUUACUUAUAAUGAUGAAGAGGUAAGUAAUAAAAUAUGAAAUAUGCAUUUUUUUGUAUUCUUACAUUAACAGUAGGUUUUUAUGUUAAUUACGACGUUUAAAAGAAACUAAUAUUAAUACUCAUCAAUAAGUAGUCAUGAAUUGGAACAAGUAAAAAUUUAAAAAAAAUGGAAAAGUAAAAAGCACUAGUUAGCGAAAACAAACUUUCCGCACGCUAAACAGCCACGAAAAGUAGCACUUUUUAAGCAACUGUAUUAAAAACGUAGUUAUGCUCUCAUUUUAAAACGACUAGACAGAUUGCUCUGAAACUUUGUACUUCCAAUAGGAUAAGAUAGAUCUAGUCCUGUAAUUAGUUUAUUUAGCUGCAAAUACUAUAUUUGAAAAAAUACAGCGAAUUUAAGUUUUGUCAUACAAAACUUGAUUGUGCUCUAUUUCGUUUGCUUUACAAACUGGAGUUUAAUAGCCUAUAUUGUGUCCCACUGCUGGGCAAAAGCCUCCCUUGUCUUGCGCCACUCGUCACGGCUUUGUGCAUGCUCCCGCCUGUUGCCACAAAAAGAGUCCAGGUCGUCUCGCCAUCUCCUUUUUGGCCUGCCUCUGCCUCGGGUGAUAUGUGAUGCCCAUUCGAUCGCUAUAUAAACUAAUUACAGGACUAGAUAUACCUCAUGUCAUUGUAUGUGCAAGGUUUUAUUACAAUCCAAUACGUAGUUUUAAAAUGAGAACAUAACUCCGUUUGUAUGGGAAGGUGAAAUCCGGCCGAGCUUGCUAAGGACUCUUUAAUGUAUGAUUGAAGCUUGUUGCCAUGACAGUUAAAUAUGAGAUUUGAAGACUUGAUUUUUUAAGAUUUGAAUUAAUCUUUUAAUUGUUUAUGGUUUUCAGGCUGUCAGAAAUGUUUAUUUAUAAUUAAUUAAACCAUACACAUUCCUGCUUGUGAUUCCUAUACAAUUUUGUUUUAUCAUGAAUGUAUUAUUAAAUCUUACUAUCCUUAUUAUUUAUAUGGUUUAGUGGAAAUACGAAAUGAGGUCUGCUUUAUAAUAAGCGGCGAUGUCGUGUUAGCAUGUUUAUGCGUUUUGGCAAAUAUACUUACAAGCAGCUUGUAUUGCAUGGAAGAAAUAAAGGCAUUAACUCAGUACCUUUAUUUUGAUAAUAGUCUAAUUUUGUAAUAGAUGACGGGAUCAGCAGCUUCAUAAUGAUUAGCUUCACUGGAGAUAUUGGAGAAACAUAUACUAAAUAAAAAAAUCCUAGAAUUUUAAAUUAGGUAGUAAAAGCCUUGUGGUUUCUCACGACAAUCAAUGUGUCGAUAGGAAACGAACCUACCUAGGUAUAAGGCACUGAGUUAGGUUAUUAUGCCAAAUUAUGCCAUGCGUCACUACGCACACUAUUCGAGCGUUGUAUGCAAUUUUCUGUAUUAGGUGUUUAUUUCGUUUAAGUUCAGUAUAAACGCUUUCUCGAAAAACCGACGUCUUUAUUCUCGAAGACACUCACUCUAUGAAAAAUGCAUAAAAAAUAUCUUGCUAGUACCUACGUUUACAUUUGCUUUUCGUGAAAGUAAACUGCAGCUUUUUCUUGAAACGUUAUUCGGAUGAUAAAUGUCGUUGGUUAUUAUCUUUAUUUUUCACUUAGCACAUUACUCAGAUGUCACAUGUAGAUACACUAGCUGCAAAAUUGCAUG